UCAGAAAUAUUUGCAUUUUGACUUCUUUGUUAUUUUCGUGAACAUCUAUAUUUGGAUACACAAUUUGUCCUUUUUUGGAGAAACUGUUACUUAAAAAAUUUUCUAAACCAAACGGUAAAGUACUCUGCCAGACGAUCGGAACAUGGAGUGGGAGAGUGAUGAGAGAGAGCUAAAGGCUGCCGGAGCUGAGCCUCUACCGGACGGACGGACUGGACUCCGUAUUCACGGCUGGGAGAUUGAGUCUCGGAAGCGUUCCAUUCUCACUUCUCUUCAGCUUCAACAAUGGGAAGAAGAACUUCAGACCUCUCACUUGCCAGAGAUGGUAUUUGGGGACAAUUCUUUGGUGCUUAAACAUGUGAAUACUGGCACAAAAAUUCACUUUAAUGCAUUAGAUGCUCUAGUUGGUUGGAAGCACGAGGCAUUACCACCAGUUGAAGUUCCAGCAGCUGCAAAAUGGAAAUUCAGAAGUAAACCUUUGCAACAGGUGGUGCUUGACUAUGACUAUACAUUCACCACACCUUAUAAUGGAAGUGAAACUGUCGAAAGGAAUGCCGAGUGUGUAAGAGGGUUAUCGAAUGAAAGCAGCUGUAGUCUUCAUUGGGAGGAUUGCAUUGACAAAAUUGAUUUGGUUGCACUGGCAUCAAAAGAACCUAUUCUCUUUUAUGAUGAGAUCAUCUUAUAUGAGGAUGAACUUGCUGAUAAUGGAAUCUCACUAUUAACCGUGAAAGUGAGGGUCAUGCCAAGUGGUUGGUUCUUAUUGUUGCGUUUCUGGCUUAGAGUUGAUGGAGUGCUUAUGAGGCUAAGAGACACCCGUUUACAUUGUUUAUUUGAGGGGCAUAUGAAAUCAGUUAUUCUUCGAGAAAGCUGCUGGAGAGAAGCCACAUUUCAAGCCCUGUCUUCUAAAGGAUAUCCUUCUGAUUGUGCUGCGUAUAGUGAUCCAAGCAUUAUUAGUGAAAGGCUGCCCAUCAUAAUGCAGAAGGCUCAAAAGCUCAGUAUCGAAAAACCGUUGUAAAGGAUGGGAAAACACAUCGCAUCGAGACAUGCAAAGAGUGCAACAACAUGAUUGGUGCCUUGGAUAAAUGGAAGUGAGAUGACACAGUAGAGACUUUCUUAAAAGAAUCAAAAGGCUUUAUGAGCGAUGAAAACACUAGGUGAUUUUUUCCCAUUUACCUAACCCUUGAUAGGCAGAGUUAUCUGGUACAUGUGCUAGUGCGAGGUAGCAAAUACUAGUGUGAUAGUCAAGGUGCAUGCUAGUUGUCCGGACACCACCAUUAUAAAAAAAGGCUCUAUGGCAGAUGAACUUUUGACACUGUGCACCUUCCCACCUAAACUUAUUUUGCAAGCAUUUAACUUUCAAACUCACAAAAUGAUGCAUCUGUGGCCUUUUCACAAGUUUUUCCUCGCUUCACCAACAAAAAUGUCUAGCAGAAGUGCAGAACCUCAUCAGGAAGUGUUGGAUUUUAGUGGUUCUCUUGGGAAGAGGUUGCUGGUAGUGUUUUGAUUGCACUAGCAGAGUUGUGCUGAUCAAAAAGUUAAAAAUGAAAGCACAUAGUAUAUUUUUCGUGAAACUUUCUCCCUUGGUAUCAUAUCUGGUUGAGCAAACAAAUCCUUUGUUCAUUAGCUUUUUGAUUGAGGAACAAAUGUUAUUGGUAAACUUGCUGAUGAGUUAGUUGGUAAAUAGUAAAUGAAU